AAUAUCUAUUUCACUACUUUCCACGCCAUUAUUUUUCAAAAAUAUAUCAAUAAGAAUAAGCCGGAAUAUGUUAGUUCACUUUGCAGUAAGUACUAUUUAUUAUCUGUAUAGUGGCGCUACGGAGUUCAAGAGCUUUUGAGCUUUUGUUGCAAAAGGGAUCUAAGUUUACAUGUCUGUCUAUACCUAAAUGCGCUUGCGCCGCCCACGCUGCGCUGUGACUUACGACAUUGAACUAGUAUUGAUUGUAUUGGUUUGUUGAGUGAGACUGACGUUCUAUAUUGUGCUAGAUGCUGUAGAGUUUUCAAUAAACAAAAACAACGGUCAAUUCUGAAAUAAGUUAUGUCGGCAAAGUGGAUAAAAUUGCAGUUAGUUUGUUUGUUUUUAAUAUGUGUUUAUGAAUAAAUAUUGAGAUUUGAGAAUGGCGGAGUCUUGUAGAUUCGGAAACCAUAACAUAGAAAGUAAAACAUCAAACAAUCACGAUGAAAACUUUUGUAUAAUACAUGUUUUGUGUGUAUUUAUAUCACUUGUAACGAUAUUAGCAGACUUGACGACAGAUGUGAUCGUUUUCGCCGAAUACUGUAAAGAUGGACAUUUUUACUGGGCAUUCGGCACAUUAAUUUUUAUAGUAACUCCAAAUAUCCUUAUAAAUAUAUUUUCGAUCAGAUGGUUUGUUACUGAUCAAAAAUCUAGUUUACGUCAUUGGAUUACUCAUAUUUGCCUGGUUGGUUUGCUGGAAAGGUAUAUUAUCUUUCUGCGCAAAGUUUUUGUGUGCAAAAACUUAGAAUCUAUUAAGACACAUAAGUUGAUUUCACAAAGAAAUGAUUUGAGUUUACUGCAUUUUUUGUACAUAUUUAUUGGAACAGUGCCACAAAUAAUAUUACAAACUUAUGCCAUCGUAACUUUAGAUGAAAAUUAUUAUACGAAAGUAUUUGCUUUAACUGCGUCGAUUGCCUCUGUUAUUUGGGGUUGCGCUACAUACAUUUACAGUAUUACAGCAUUCUCUAGUGAGAACUUCAGUUGGUAUUCAAUACUACUCAAGCUAAUAUGGCACUUUGGAAUGUUAAUCGGGAGGAUCCCCGGAAUAUUACUAUUUGCUGUGAUAUUUGGAAUAUGGACAUUGAUACCUCUAGGUUUACAUUGGUUUGCAAUGACCUUUUGGAUAGUUGUCCAGAAAACCACAUUUUGCCCGAAUAAAUUAGAAGAAACUCUAUACAAUGUCGUCAUGGGCUUUGUAUAUUGCUUUUGUUACAUAAACUUACGAGAAGGCCACACAAGAUAUCGUUUGAUGCUGUUUUACACUUUAAUGAUAUCGCAAAAUUUUGGGAGCUUGUUUUUGUAUGUUCUUAUUUCCGAUACAGAGAGACAAAAGAAAUCGUGGUCCAUUGCAGCAGCUAUCUGCAUUAUAUUUGGAACAAUAGUUGGCAUUCUUUCCAUGAUAUUAUACUAUAGAUAUUUUCAUUCGACGGGACCGAUUUCGUGGAAAAAUGACGACAUUGAAUUGAACAACAAAGUCGCUGUACAAGAAUCAAACAAUAAAAGAGAUCAGGGAACUGGAUUGAACCAUGUUCGAUCAUUUAAAAGCUCACGCAAAAAUGAGGAAUCCGAUCCUAGUUCUAGCAAAGAAGUAUCAACAGAGCAAGCUCAAAGACAAGAGAGUGAUAACGCUGAUAAGAAGUUCUUAUUGGAACAUUGGAUAGCAAGAUCUGGUACGCCGACUUUUACAUCGGCACCAAUUGGAAAUAAUAGCUUAGAGGCAUCUAGUAUAGAAUUUUACACUGUUGAAAAUACACCACAGUCUAUUUUACAAGAAGAGGACUAUAAACACAAGAAUAACAAGAAGAGAGCUAUUUGUUCUCCAACAGAAUUAACAUUGAAGCUAAGUUCUAUGGAGAAUUUAGAAAGCUCAAUAGACGAAAUUACGUCGAGCAAUUUAAAUUUGCACAAAAGGAGAGGUAUCUGUUCUUCUGAUGCUUUGAGAGAUAAUCUAACUAAUGUAAACCUGGAUGUUUGCAAUCUAGUAAACGAAGAAUUUAUGAAAAUGUUAAAAACUGAUAGCUCGGUGAUCAGUCAUGAUACGGAUGGUUCCAAUAAAAAGACUUCUUCUGAUUCUAUCGACAUGGAUCUAGAUUUAAGUUUUAGUGAUAUUAAUAGUUCUGACAUAAACACGUUUAACGAAAACAUCGUACAAAAACUAUGUUUGAGUGCUCUCAAAAAUAUUAAAGUCGGAAAUCAAGAUGCAGAUAUCGAAAACAUACAAAGGAUAGCGUUAGACAUACUCAAGGAAAUGUAUGCUAAAAAGGAUAAAAACAAGGUUGGUAUUGGAACCGACUUAUUCCCAUCAAAACCACGAGAACUAGACACACCGACUGAAAUAUUAUCAGUUCAUGAUUAUGAAAAUAUAUGUGCCGUAAAUAUCGCCCGAGAAGCAUGGGGUCUGCGGUCUUGGAAUGGUUAUUCCGAUAUAGAAAAUUGGCUUCACGACGGAAGUGUAGUGAGAGAUCGAAGAAGAGACACGUUGACAUCAGGUAGCUCUGAAAUAAGUAGCUGUGUUUCACAAGAAUUGAAAAAUGCAAUUUUAGCUGCACCACCUUUUCCUAAGAAACCGCAUACGUACUCAAAUGUAUUUGUGAAAUUUGAUAGAACAAAUCAGGAUGAUUAUGCCAAUACAUUAGUUUCACACGAUGAUACAUUUUUAGCUAAGCCAUGCAUUGCGGACGUCAGUAAAGAUCCAAAUCAUUUAGAACCUAUAAUGGAAGAGUUAGAUGACUUAGGAGAUAUUGAUCCGUCCAAUAAGAAAAGACUGAACUCUGAAAGCUCUUUGGUUGCUACUAUAGAUGAAAUUCGUAAAUCGACAGCAACUAACUCUCCGCGAAAUUUGUAUUAUAGACGAGAACAUUUAUGGGAUUCACCUCAAUUUAACACUUCGACAAAAAUUGAUUUAAAACAAGCCCUUUGGAAAGAGCCGUCCAAGUUUGACUCGAGUAACAUAAUGGAGGCUUUACCAGAAAAAGAGAACAGUAUGAGUAUUGCACAGAGAACGAAAUUUGAUACCAUAAAAAAAGAACUUAAUGUUUCAAAUGUAUCAUCAACAUCGACAGAAUCUCCCACCGGAGAAAUUGUUACUGUUUACAAUAAGAAUACUAGACGUCGUCAGAAGUCAAACUCGAGUAAUAUAAAAGUACAAAGUAAGAAAAUCAAUACUAAACCCGAACAAAACCGGCAUGAUUUAUCAAAUAAGGACAUCGACUUUUUAUGGCAGUUGGUCUCAGAAAGCUCCGUUCCCAGUAAUUCUACCGAAGAUUGUUCAUCAAAUAAAAUAUCGACAUCUUUACAAUCGCUGAUUCAGAAAGAUACUGCAAUGCCAGUCGUUAACACUCCUACAUCUAAAAUAUCGAAUGUUAAGAAGGGAGCGAGAAGCAGGCCCCGACGAAAGUUCUCCAUUUUAAGAGAACGAUUUGAGCCUAGACUAAAUUUAAAUUCAGAUGAAGAAAUAUUAUACAGGUCUUGUGAAAUCAAUCAGCCCCAAACGGAUUCCGGUGUUGUAAAAGUUAAAAAUCAGUUCGAUGUUGAUCAAGAAAUAAGAACAAUACCUCGAAAACAAAAUUAUGACAAUUCGUCAUUUGAAACGAAUGAGUUUCCGCCAAGUACUGCGGGAUGCGACUUAAUCAUGUCCAAAAAUAUUAAGGAAAAACGAUCUUUAUUCAUGAAACAAGUUUUGAGCCCACCAAAAUUCAACACAAAAUUAAGACAUAAAGUGUGAGUUGGUAGUUUAAAUCGUUUGGUGACUAUUAGUUCCUAGUAUUUUUGUAUUUUAUAACCAGAAGGAAAGUCAAUGUUAACAUAGAUCUCAAAAUGAGUGUAGUCAUUUUAUACUACCACUAAGUUACAUUUUAUACAAUUUAGAAAAUUUCCUUUGGUUUUAAACACUGUCUAUAGUAUUGUGCAAACAUUUAUAGUGUGUAAGAAUAAUUAUUAUAGUGCAACUGAUGAUAUUUUUUUAUAGAAAUAGUCUUCCAUAUUGUGAUAUUAUUCGAAAUUAUUGUCUGCUGUAACUGUGUCAUUGUAUGAUUGUGUUUUGUAUUGUUGUAUUUGUGAUAAUAUUUAAGAUGGUAUGAUUACAAAUUUAUGGAACUAGUUAAAUGAAAAUGACAUAUCAAAAACUUGCCUUGUAUUUUAUGUUAAGCCAGUAUUUUAGUUACUGAUAGGUAAUUCAAUAAAUGUAAAAUAAAGUGUAUUACAAUUA